AAUAUAGUAUAUGUUUAUAUGGACCAACUUAUUUUUCUAACAAUUCUAAGAAUCAUUCUCAUGAUGACACGGGGUUAGGAAAACAUGUUGUAAUGUUCCAGGAUUAAUACAUAGGAGAUUUAUUUUUCAAUAUGAAUGUCUAAUUUUAUCCAGUGAUCAACUUUUGCCAGUUGUUUUCUAAAACCUUCUUAAUUUUUUAUUUGCCACAAUAAAUACAAACUUAUUUAUUUACAUUAUCUAUAAUUUUAAACAACUUAUUACUGAAGGAUUGUUUUUUGUGGGAAAAAACUAGACUUGCCUUUCUUAUAAAAUUACACAAACAUAUCCCUUCAACCAGUGUAUAAGUGUAAAACACGAGACCUCUUUCUCAAUACGUGCUUCAAUGAAAAGUUCACCAAGAUACAAAGAUAACGCACAGAGCUCGCUUCCUUCACCAACCAGCAUCACCAGUCUGACCCGGCCCGUUACCUCCAUGUCUGAACCAACUACCUUCUUCCAAACCGAUGCUUCCUCCUUCAAGCAAGUCGUCCAGAUGCUCACCGGAUCCUCCAAGAAGCCUAACCCGACCCACAAACCCGAACAGAGGUACUCAAUCCCUCUAGUCAAAGCUGUUCCCAACAAGAAGCAAUCUUCUUCCUCCCUAGGUUUUCGACUCUACGAACGCCGCAACUCGAAGAAGCAUCUCAAGAUCCACCCGGUACAUUCAGGAUUACCCGAGAAUCUCUCCCCCAGCAUUUUGGACUUUCCUUCUCUGGUUCUCAGCCCUGACACUCCUCUCAUACGCGUCCCGUUUUAUCGAACCGGGUCUUUGAGUAAGAGUCCGAGCUCCGACGCUGAAGAGAGAGCAAUGAAAGAGAAAGGGUUUUAUUUCCACCCGUCACCGUCGACGACUCCGAGGGUUUUGGAGCCCCGACUUCUCCCUCUCUUUCCGUUGACUUCUCCUAGGGUUUCAGAUUCUGUCUCGGCCUCUACUACCCCAGGAACUUAAAUAUUUUAGCUAAUUUUUUAUUUGCAAGUCUUGUCUUUUAUGAUGUUUCUCUUUUAUAUAUUGGAAGAUGAGAUGAUGCGUAGUGAGCAUUAAGGAUUAUAUUCUUAGAAACUUGUAAUCAGGUUUUGUUAGAUUUAUUCGUUGUUGAUCGGCUUUGUUCUA